AUGUCGGUAGAACCCCCUCAGAAGAAGAUAAAGCUAGAACUAAGCGAUCCGGCUGAACCUCUAACUCAGAAUGACGUGAUUUCGUUUCAAAAGGAAGCGCUGUUUAGAUGCUUACAUCAACAUCGAGUAAAUUUCCAAUCUUUGAAAGUUCAAUAUGAUGCCUGUGAGAAGGACCAUUUAGAACUUGUUUCAGUAAUUUCAAGUGCUAUGGGUUGUAUGUUUUCGAUUGUCAAAUUAAUGGAGGCCAGUGAUUUGUAUUCGGAAGAGGACAAGAAACUGUGUAAGGAAAUGUUGAUUGACGAAGAUGAUAUUAACGUUUUCGUUAAAUAUAAGACUCAGUUUAUCAACUUAAUUUCUAAAGCAGUUUCUGGUAAUAACGGAUCUACAUCAAACGCCGAUUUAGGUGUUAAUGUGGAAAGAUUGUUGAAUAAACUAUCUGAAAUGGAGGCCAGCAAAACUGAGUUAUUCUUGAAGAAUAAAACUUUGCAAAGCGAACUAACAUCGCUAAAGAAAUAUUAUGAGAUAUUAAUCAAGAAAUAUGAUAGGGAGGAUUCAGCUACAGUAAGCAGGGUCUUUAACAAGGAUACAUUAAAAUUGGAAGAAGAAAAGGAAAAUUCGGACUCAAAUGAAUUUUUAAAUGACAACAGGAAAGAUAAAAUAAAGGUUCAAGAGGAUGAGCCAUCGACCAAUGCCUUAAAGAAAGACGAUUCCGCUGUUGAUCUAAAAAAUGAAAAGGAAAGCCCACUAGAAUCAAACCAGGAGGAGGAAGAUAAAGAGAAGCAAAAUCUAAAAUAUGAAUUAAAAAUAUCAGAUUUAGAAGCACAAAUUCAGAAGCUACAAAGUACAAUAACUGAAUUGGAAAAGUUUAAAAAUGCUAACGAAGAAAAACUGCUGAACUUAAACGCACAACUCUCAAAUAUUACAUCAAACAAUACCAUUCCAGAAAAUGGAAAUGUAGAAGAUCGAGAUACUCUAUUAAAUAAGAUCCAAUACUUAACUCAAGAGAAUCGAGAAUUAGCAGAAACAAAUGAAGCAUUUUUAAACAAGUUUCAGAAACUAUCAAGCGAACAGGAAAUAUUCAACAACAAGGUGAAAAGCCAAUUUAAAGAAACACAUGAAAACCUAUUGAAAAAUAAUCAAAUAUUAGAAAAGGAUUUAGUAAGGAUAAGAACGGCUCGUGAUGAUUUAUUGAGUAAGAUUGCCAUCCUAGAAAAGGAAACGACAAAAUCCAAAAUGAUAAAGGAUCUACAAACUGCAAAUGAGAUUCUAACAGAACAGUGGAACAGAGUUGAAGAAAGAUCGAAAAGUAUCACUACUGCUACUUCAUCAGAAUCAUUGCUAAAAGAAAUACAAGAUAUGGAAAAGGGAUUCAAAGAGCUAUCAAGUUUAGUGAAUAAAAAAUAUUCUGAGUAUCUUAACCAUGAGUCUGUCAUAUCAAAACUAUCGGUUGAAAAAACUAAAGCUGACCAGAAAUAUUUUGCCGCUAUGAGAUCUAAGGAUUCAAUACUUAUUGAAAACAAAAAUUUACUGAAAAAAUUCAACAAGACUAACGAAUUAAUACUUCAAUACAAAGACACUGAAAAGUUAUUAUUGCAAAAACUUGAAAACAUUAAUACACAGUUAAUUUUCUCCCAAAAUAACGAAAAAAGACUGAUAAGUUCGAAUAAAUCUACUUCAUCCAAGAUAAUCAAUUUGAAUUCCGAAUUAAAUAAUGUGAAGAAGUCCAACUAUCGUCUACAGGAGGAAAAAUUACAACAAACGAACGAGGCAACAAAGGUGAAUUCUAUAUUGAAUAAUUUGGAAAUUGAGAAGAAGAAUCUACAAAUAGAAAACUCCAAUCUGGAAAAGAAAUUUAAUAAAUUAAAGGAAUCUAUUUUCAAUAAGAAUAAAGACUCAAAAUUACAAAAUAACUACACAGGUAUGGAAUCAAACGAGUCACUGGUUGAGGAAUUAGAAAACUUUCGCACUUUAGUGUAUUGUUCUCUAUGCUCCAAGAAUUGGAAAAAUAUGGCGAUCAAAACAUGUGGUCACGUAUUCUGUGAAGAGUGUUGUAAGGAGAGAUUGGCGGCAAGAAUGAGAAAAUGCCCAACUUGUAAUAAUCCAUUUAGUGCCAAUGAUCUGUUACUAGUUCAUUUAUAA